AUGGGAGCCAACUUGUACCACCAAACCGUUUAUGUGCCUACGCCGCAUGGCAGGCUAGAAGCUUGGGUUUAUAUGCCCUCAGGAAAUGGACCGUACCCUGUCAUCGUUCUAGGGUGUGGAGUCGGGGCUGUAAAGGCUGCAGGCCUCCCUCCAUUUGCGACUGCUUUCUGUAAGGCUGGAUACGCUGCGGUGGCCUUCGAUUACAUGACAUUUGGAGGAAGCGAUGGCCAGCCCAGGCACCUCGUCAAUGUUUCGGCUGAAUAUCGCGACUUCAAAAACAUGAUCGCUUGGGUUAAGAAACACGACAGGUUCGAUUCAGCCCGCAUCGUGGCUUGGGGGACGAGCUUUGGUGGCAUGCAUGUCACCAGGCUUCUGUCGGAAGAUCACACAAUCGCUGCCGGGAUUGCUCAGUGUCCAUGUGUCGAUGCGUUGCUUGCAGCUCGCCUGAGACCAUUCCAAACCACCAUUCAGUUGCUUCUUUUGGGGCUAUGGGACUGGAUGAAGUCCUUCUUCUUCAACGAACCCAUCUACAUUCAAGCGGCAGCAACUCCAGGACACACCGGACUAGCCCUUAUGAACGCAGUCGAUGUGGUCGAGGGCUGGCAAUUGCUCCAUAGAGAUCUUGAAGGCAAAGAAGUCGAUCCACACUCAAAUCGCAUUGUUGCACGAUCGGUUCUUUGGUUUCCCUUUCAUAGGCCGGCGGUUAAAGCAAGUUCCAUCAUUGCGCCGUACUUGAUUGUUGUUCCAUCCUUUGACUCAGUUGCACCAAAGCCAGCAGCAGAGAAGGUGGCCGAGACUGCGGCGAAUGGAGAGCUCUAUACUGUUCCAGGUGGCCAUUUUGACCUUUACCAUGGAGGGGUUGGCUAUAACAGCAAUCUGCAGGCCCAGCUUGAUUUCCUAAAGCGAUAUAUCCCUGUUAAUUACUAG